GUUCAACUUUCCUCAAAAUAUGUAUCAUAUCAUCCCUCUUUCUUUGUAGCACAUGUUUCACUGACCAAACAUUACCCACUUUUCCUCCAUUAUAAUCUCCACCCACAUAAACCCUAAUCAUUCAAUUAAUCCCCAUUAGCCGAUCCCCUUUUCAAUUUCCGUAACUUCACCGGAAUAAUGGGACUGAAAGGAUUUGUUGAAGGCGGGAUAGCGUCCAUAGUCGCCGGAUGUUCAACGCACCCACUUGAUCUCAUCAAGGUCCGGAUGCAGCUGCAGGGAGAAAACUCUCCCAUGCGCGCUGCUCCGGCCCAGCUGGGUGCCAGCAUCCCCGUUUCUGGCCCCCCACGCAUGGGGCCCAUUGCUGUGGGGAUGCGGAUCAUCCAGCAGGACGGAGCAGCAGGUUUGUUUUCAGGUGUGUCUGCCACUAUGUUGCGUCAGACACUUUAUUCCACGACUCGUAUGGGUCUAUAUGAUAUGAUGAAGAUUAAAUGGACGGAUCCGGAGACCGGAAGCAUGCGGUUGUGGAAGAAAAUCGGUGCUGGAUUGAUCGCUGGUGGGAUCGGUGCCGCGGUUGGGAACCCGGCUGACGUGGCGAUGGUUCGCAUGCAGGCAGACGGGAGGCUCCCGGCUGCACAACGUAGGAACUAUAAAAGCGUGGUUGACGCAAUAUCGCAAAUGGCGAAAAACGAGGGGAUUGGUAGCUUGUGGCGCGGUUCAUCGCUUACAGUGAACCGCGCCAUGUUAGUGACUGCUUCACAGUUGGCAUCAUAUGAUCAGAUCAAGGAGACGAUAUUAGCAAAAGGUGUAAUGAAAGAUGGGUUAGGGACCCAUGUGACCGCGAGUUUUGCUGCUGGGUUCGUGGCUUCAGUGGUCACGAACCCGAUUGAUGUUAUUAAAACUCGGGUCAUGAAUAUGAAGGUGGAGUCUGGAAAGGCUCGACCUUAUGCAGGUGCGGCUGAUUGCGCCCUGCAAACUAUAAAAGCCGAAGGGCCGAUGGCGCUUUACAAAGGGUUUAUUCCUACGAUAUCGCGGCAGGGACCGUUUACUGUCGUGCUCUUUGUCACACUGGAACAGGUCCGGAAAUUGCUAAAGGAUUUCUGAACUAAUUGAUGAUUGAGUACAUUGAUCCAUUUGGAAAAUAAAAUAGGAAUAUUAUUAUAAGAGGCAAUAAUUUAUUUGAGAUAGUCAAAAUAAUAUUAAGAUUCAUAUAUCUUUUUUUAAGGUCAUUACGAAUAUUUUAUUAAAAUUACAGUUUUAUUUAACUGUCGUUACAUUAUUUUUUACUGUAAAAUGAUUGACGCAUAUAAAAGUAUAAAAAUACAAAAAAGUGGCAAUUAUCAGUUGAAAUUAAGCACAAAAAGUUGAUGGUGCGGUUUGAUUUUUUGAUAAUAAGAUGAUUGUAGAUGGUGGCUACGCCUACUUUUUCCAUUAAUUUUUUUAGACAAAUGAACCAUGUGGUUUGAUUUAUACAACUUUAUUACACUUAUAAAGUUAGAGUCUUGGACUAUGUCGUUUUAUUUUGUAACAUUUUUUUGAGUCUUUAACACUUUUCAAAAAGUCGGAUUGAAAUUUAUAAAAUGACUAUUUUACUUCAAAAGACUCUCUCUCUUUCCCACAUCCGCCUCUCCCUCAUAUAUCCGGUGAUGGUUCCGGCUUAACCAUGUUUGUGAACCGAUGGCGUCUUAUUGCAACUUCAACGCAGAAUUUUGCUGUUCCUAGUAUGACCAUUUGUUGUUCAGUCAGUCACUGCAUCCAGUAGAUGGAAUGAAGAAGGAACGUCGGAGAAUUUAUCAUGCGGUGCAAGGGUUGGUGUUAUAGAUGACUACUUCACUCAAAACAUCAUCAAUGAGAAUUGUAUGUCAUGUUCUAUUUUAUGUUUUUGGUGUUGUGGCAGUAACAAUAUAGGAAAUUGAGUGUUUGAUUUAUGCAUAUCUCCA